AUGGAUUUCAUCAGCAUGUUAAAACUCAUCACGGUUCGAGUCCCAGAACCAGGCGAAAGUCGCAUGGCUUUCCACUUCACACGCAAGCCAGACAGUUCCAUCCAAGAGCCAAAGUUCGACGACGUCUUGCGAGCGUACAGCUCGGAGGUCACUGACAUCGUGUACACCGAAUUCGAGGAAUGGCUUACACUGUAUGUGUUCGCAGCAGGAUACGAUUGGGCUACGCAUCACGAAAGGAUGAAGAAGAUUUGCGAUGAGAAGGAGAUUGGCACAGACUGGCGGAUUAUGCGGAUGGUGGCGUCUACCUGUGUUGACAACACGGAAUGA